AUGCAAAAUCCAUCUUCAAAUUCCAUGUUUCUUGAAAAUACUAAUCAUGGUACAUUGUGUAACAAGAGUAGUACUGUUGAUGAAAUGUGUAGAGAAAACCAUAAUCAAAAAAUUAUAAAGCAUUACUCUCUUGAGCCACAACUGAGUAGUACUCUUGGUCAUGAGACUAGUCUUGAGGAUUUUUUGAUAAGUGCUAAUGUCAUUAAAAAUGGGAAUAGGUUUGAUAAUCAGCCAUUAAUGGAGCCUAAAUUCCAUCAGCAGAUCAAUGAUAUGAUCAUGCCAAUGCCUAUCCAAUUUUAUUCAGAUAUUGAUUUUGAGAAUCAUCAGUCUAUGAAUGUUGUUAAUAAGAAGAUAACAAAUAUGGCAAUGACAACAACAUCGAAUGAUAGUCAUUUAAGUGGCGAAAGGAAGAGGACUUUCACGGAUGAGAAGAUGGAGAAAAGUAUUGAAAGGAGGCAGAGAAGGAUGAUCAAGAAUAGGGAAUCAGCUGCUAGGUCAAGAGCAAAGAAACAGGUAGAGAAGUGA